UGUAUGGCAGGUAUGGAUCAUUUUCAUACUAGAGAAACAUAGAACUUUGAUUAAAUUUGAUUAGAUUCAGGUUUAUUGUCAUUGUACAGGGCAGAAGUGUUACUAAGAGCAAGAAAUUCGGCUUAGCAUAAAGGCAAAAGCAGCAGGAAAGUGCAUAAAAUAGAUCAUCUAAAUGUACAUGAACAUGCAUAAAUAGUAUUAUAUAAACUGUGUUAACAGUUUAAACAAUAUUAACAAUAUAAACAAUAUUAAUGCUGAGAUAAAUGCAGUUUGUAUACAUUAUGAACAGUAAACAUUACAAGCAGGAAAUAUUGGAUGAGAUAAAGUAUGAACUUCAUGAGUGGAGUUUUAAAAGUUAGAUCAGUGCUCAAGAAAAGCCAGUAAAAUAAGAUAAACACAAGAGAUGACGAGAUAAUUUUUUAAUCGGAGUUUUAAAUUGCGUUAGGAUACUAAUUCACUCAGAAAACAACAAAAAGAAUUGAACAAACACGCUGCAGUGACGUCUAGAUGUGUGGACGUGACUCUCGUGAUCUUCCCCCCUCCUCUCCAAGCAGCAGUGGGUGAGAGAUGGGGGACAGUGAACGCAUCAUUUACAUAUUGGGCGCCUGUUCCGCGCAUGCUGGGACGCUCGACCAAUCAGAUCGACGCAUGCUGCAAACCACGCCUGCGCGGCAACUCGUGUCGCGCGCCUCAUCAUCAGUAGUAUUGUAGUAGCAGCGCCGCAAACAAAAGUUACGGGAGUUUGCCUGUCUUCGUUUCACCCAAGUUUAUUUAUUUUUUGUCGUGCUGGUUUAAAUUUAAAGCAAGGGGAUAUUGAAGAGGACGAAAGCUGCACUGACGCCUCUGGAGAAGAUUGACAAGUCCCAAAGGAGCCAACUACAGCCGUGGAAAACUUAUUGUUCGCGGAGCCCCGUGGGGUUUAAAGUUCAGCUAGGCUAUUAGCAGGUAGUUAGCUUCGUAUCUACCUGUUCGUUGCCUCACAAUGGCAGCUGUGUGCCAGCCGCGACGUGCCUUGGUAGAAAUCCCUGCACCGCAACCCAAAAUUGCAGCUCGAAUGAGGAGGUCCUACUUAGAAAUUCUGAGUGCACGUUUGGCUCCAUCUCCUCUUCCAAGAGGGAGAACCACAGCUCCAAAGCGUGUACAGUCAUUGGACUUGUCCAUUGGUGGAGUUUGGAGAGGAGGCAUUGAGGAGCAUUGUGAGAAGAUGGAUGAGCCCCACACACCACUCUCCAAACAACAGCUGGUACAGCUCAUCAGAUCUCUUAUCUUAGUGGAACAGAGCCAAGAGCCCAGGAUCAUGGCGUCAGACCUGAAGUAUCUUCAGGAAGACCUGCAGCUAAAGAAGGCAAAUGUUUACAGGUCCAUACCGUACUCACGGUUUGGCUCCAACAGGGACGCUCACUGCUACAGGAAGGCCUAUCCUCAUCUCGUGGCUUUCAAAGUUUCGUGCCAGGAGUGGGGCCAAGUUCUGAUGAGGAACAAAGAGUGGGACGCUGCAUUGGAGCACUCGUUGAUGGCGUGGCGAUACACCAGCGAACUGCCGCAGUGGGACACGGCGAACCACAACGCUCUCCGAGAACAGUGUUACAGCAUCCUGGCAGCUCACAGCCUCACCGCUCUGGAGCACUACCGCCCCGAACCCAACAGAGGACGCGAGCUGCUAAGGAGGUUAAAGAUGGCUCAGCUGCAUAGCCAGUCAAUUGUUCCCUGUAUUCAGGAGCUGCAGAGGAUUAUGGGAAGCUGUGAUGACUCAUCCAUGGAUACAAAAUGAUACGAGAAUGCACCUCAACAGCUGGAUUCACGGCGGUGAAAAGCAUGCACUGUGAUUUAUGUGUGUUAAUGGGCCAAAAACAUUUUACAUGGUGGUGUUUGUUUGGAAAAACCACUCCAGUAUUCUUCCAAAGGGCACGGUCGCAAGUGCAAAAUUAAUAAGUGCCACACAAUGCAGGUUUGUAAAGGUAAUGAAAACCAUCCUCUAAAUGGUUGGAAAUGCAAUAAAGCCUCUUAUUUAUUCACGUGGCAUUUUAACAUCAACUACAAAGUGUCAUGUGAAGAGGAGUGCAUUCAUUGGUUAAUGUAGCAUUCUGUUUACACAUUACCUCGCAGGCUGUAAAAUGUGUUCCCUCAUUUCUAAGGAGCAUUCACACUCUGACAAAUGUUACGGUCACUUGGUGCUGGCAGUGGUGUAAUGAAAAUAUUUGUAUAUUUUUAGAUCUUUGUAUGGUGUAGUUUGGAUUGAAAUGUAAAAAAUAUGAAAUGCCUUUCAUGUUGCUUUAUGGGUGUGUGUGUAUAUAUGUUACUGUUCACGAUACUUGAAGCUGUGGCUUUUUGUCUUCGACUGUAGUUAUGUUUUAUGUGUGUUGUAGAGGAUUGUCUGUCAUCGAUUGCACUGUUUGUCCUGAAAACUUGAAGCAUUUUGAUAAAAUAGGUUCCUAAUUUAAAUAAAUUACUUACUUUGAA